GAAAAUGUUAAUCCUUUAAAAUAUCCCCCCUUAUAAAAAUUAAGUAUAUAUACAACAUACAACAACUGCCAUAAUAUAUUGUGAUGACAGAAAUAUAUUUGUUCUCUAAAGCAAUUUUCUUCUUCAAAACCAAAAUGUUUUCAACUGUUUUCAAAAUGUUUUUGUUGGUUGCAGUAUUAAUAUUGGUUACCCUUUCACCAUCCAGUGCAGAUAAUUAUAACAAAUGUCCAGAAACCAGCCAUGAACGAUACCUAAUUUACCAGAAUACUUUAAAGGGGAGAGUUAUCCAUGUACGCAUUCCAGGAACGGGUUUCUUUCACGCUCCAAUCACUUGUCUUCAGGUAACCGACAUAAAUGAGAGUUUUAGUACACCAGUUAUAGAAGAAGGUGGAUAUGGAAAGGAGUAUGUAGUUUUACGAAUUGACCCAGUUCAAUCAGGAGAACAACUGCAGUACGAUGUUCAGAUUUAUGUUGACCAAUAAUCAAGUUAUCUUUAAAUAAAUUUUUUGGUCUGUA